AUGGCAGGAUUCAGAUGUUUUCUUAUCUUGGCUAUCUUCAUGGCUUUGUCAGUUUCAGGAGGUGAAGCAGCUCGUCAUCUCCUGCAAUUCCCACCUCUACCUUCUGUGCCGAAUUUGCCGAAACCAACAUUGCCUUCUAUGCCAACACUACCGCAGCUCACAUUGCCAACCUCGCCAAAAUCUCAACUGUUAUUGCCUAAGCCUACUUUACCUCCACUCCCUAGCCUGCCAACCAUGCCUUCUCUCCCUAAGGUCGCAUUGCCUCCACCGCCAACCAUGCCUUCAAUCCCCUUCCUCUCCCCACCUCCUGGAAACUAG